AUGAGCACCCCGCAGCCGAAAUGGAAACGCAUCGUCUUGCUGAUCCUCCACCAAUGGCUCAUCUUCGGCAUCGGCCUUGCUUGCCUGCUGGCAUACUUGUUUCCCAAUGUCGCCAAACACGGCGGUGUGAUUCGUUCCGAAUAUAGUAUUCUCUAUGGCGCUGUUGCGAUCGUUUUCUUGUUAUCGGGUCUUAGUAUACCACAGGAUAAGCUUGUUCGGCAGCUCUUUAACUGGCGCCUCCACUUCCUUGUGCAGGUUACUUCGUUUCUUUUCAUCCCUGCGCUUGUUCUCGCCGUUGUCCACGCAAUUCUUGCCGGCGAUAGAAAUGCGCGUAUUGAUCGUGCUGUGUUGGCGGGAUACAUAUUUACCGCUUGUAUUCCGACAACAAUCGCCUCGAAUGUGGUCAUGACUAGGUCUGCGGGGGGUGACGAUGCGGCCGCAUUAGCGGAGGUGCUUAUUGCGAAUAUAUUGGGCCCGUUCGUGACGGCUGGGUGGACAGUGACCUUGAUACCGGCCUCGGAAGAGUUCGAAGUCUGGCGAGAUCAGAAUGGUGAUCUCACAUCAAUGUAUCGUGAUGUGUUUAAGCAAUUGGGCUUGGCCGUGUUGAUACCUCUAGCUGUUGGCCAAGCGGUGAGGUUCUUCUGGCCUGAGCGGACUGCGCAUGUGAUCCAAAAAUAUAAGAUUGCAAAGAUUGGGACGGUGUGUCUUCUUCUUAUGAUCUGGGUAACGUUCUCCUCCUGUUUUGCAACAGGAGCCCUGGAAGACCUUUCGACUGAGACUGUUGUCUUCGUCGUGCUGUUCAACAUCGCCCUGUACGUCUUCCUAACAGCCGUGUGUUUCUGCUUGUCCCGGCCUCCCCAGUCUCCGUGUACACGGGCAAAAAUUGGUCGAUGGCACAUUCUGAAACAAAUACCGCCAGAGGAGGCCAUUGCUGUAUGUUUCUGCGGGCCCGCGAAGAGCACAGCUCUGGGUAUUCCUCUGUUAUAUGCGAUGUGGACGCCGGUUGAUCUAUUCCUCAAAGCGAAAACAUCCGUGCCUGUCUUACUGUACACAACAGAGCAGCUAUUCGUAGCUCACUUUUUUGUCCAUGCUUUUCAGUGGUGGAAACAAAGACUUGAGAGGUCAAGACCGAAAAGAUACCCAAUAGCAUUUUAA